AUGGUUUGUUGCGUCCGUAUCUCAAAUCAAACAUUUCUUCAAUCGAACCAUAUUCUCUCCAUUGUAGAUGCUAUCGCGUUGGUCACAAUUGGGUUGCAUUUUGCUGAUGUUGAGGCACGUGCUUUGACGACUCCUAUACGAGUACACAAGGAAUGGACAGGAUCUGGAAGGGUGAUCAUCAUGCUCGGUCGUUGGAUGCAUACUUGCUUCAAGGGGACAAUGGUUCCUUGCUGCAACACCCUCACCGGUCUCUCUGAACAAAACCUCGUCUACUGUGACCAUCACUGCAUGACCUACGACGGUCAACAAUCAUGUGAUCACGGAUGUAAGGCUUCCAUUUGGAAACUUUGUCCUCUCGCAGAUGCGGUACCAAUCCUAGUUGAUUAA